AUGCGUCUCCUGGCCACACUGGUCGGCCUCUGCGCUGCAGUGGCCAUCGCAACGCCGCAGAUCAGCCUCAGCCGCAUGGACCCCGAUGAGCCGCUCUCUCAACCAACAGACGCCCCAACUCGCCCACUCAACCAGCACGAUACCUCGAACGAGGACCCCGCCGUCCUCUUCCACCAGCUCAAGGCCACCACCCCAGACUCAGGCAUCAUGGAGCUCGGCGAAGACGGCGUGGCCCGCUCCUACGACCAGGACGGCAAAGUCCUCGACGCCCUUCGUCUCACCAACUCCCAACUCACCUCCCUCCUCUCCGAAGCCACCAGCAGCGACCCUGCAGUCCUCACCUGGUACCGCUCGCUCUUCACCGGCAUCUCAGGCUACGACGUGCCCUCAUCCCACCUCUUCAACCCACACCCCUCCCUCCUCCCCGCUCGCUUCCAACCCAAGAACAACAACAACAACAACAACAAAGCUCCCCCCACCACCACCUCCUCCUCAAACAACCACGCCCUCAGCAUGCACACACCCUCACCCACGUUCUGCUACGACUACGUGUGCGCGAACAAUUUCGACUGCGACCUUCGAAACUGUGGCAAGUGCGUCGACAUUGAAAUGUUCGGCCAGCCAGUCGGUGGAGGCCGGUGUAACCGGAAUGCAUUUGUGGACCAGCCGUAUAUGCCGGGAGAGUCGUCGGAGACGUGUUGGUGGGAUUGGUUUUUUGGGUGUUGA